AUGCCCCGACCGGGAAAGAGCUCGUACAGCGAGCAGAAGCCUCCGUACUCCUACAUCUCCCUGACAGCCAUGGCCAUCCAGAGCUCGGAGGAGAAGAUGCUCCCCCUCUCGGACAUCUACAAGUUCAUCAUGGAGCGCUUCCCUUACUACCGGGAGAACACGCAGCGCUGGCAGAACUCCCUGCGCCACAACCUCUCCUUUAACGACUGCUUCAUCAAGAUCCCGCGCCGGCCCGACCAGCCGGGCAAGGGCAGCUUCUGGGCGCUGCACCCGGCGUGCGGCGACAUGUUUGAGAAUGGCAGCUUCCUGCGGCGCCGCAAGCGCUUCAAGCUGGCCCGUCCCACCUCAUCCCUUCCCCCUCGCCCGCCCCCAGACCCCCGCCACCCCCACGUCUACCACCACGCCUACGGCCUCCACGCCGGAGUCGGAGGCGGCCAACCCCCGCACAGCUUCAAGCACCCCUUCGCCAUCGAGAACAUCAUCGGGCGCGAGUGCCGCGGCGUGAUCGGGCCGCCCGGCUCGGCGGUGCCCAUCUCCUCCGUCAUGAGCCAGCUGGGGUACCCGCUGCCCACGCAGCUCUGGCCGGGCAUGGGCGCCCUCUCCUCUGACUUCCCGCCCUUCGGGCUGCCCGUCAAGAGCCUCUACCACCACCACCACCAUCACCACCACCAGCCUAGCGGCGGCGGGGGUGCACAGGGGAUGCCCGCUGUGCCCGUACCCAUCAAGCCCACGCCGACGCUGGGCACAACGCUGGGGCUACAACGGUGCCAGGAUGGAGGAGUCGGAGUCGGACAGGGCAAGACCAGCUGCACACUGCACCCCUCACUGCUGCUGCCUUAG